CCGCAGAAGCACACGGGGCGAGAUUCAACACAAGGUUACAAAGAUGGCGAUGUUGGAAGAAGCGUUGAUCGUGACAAAGCAAAAAUUUGGCUCUGCCUCGUGCAGUCUCGUCCCUUUUACAACAUGAUAAGAUUCUCUCCAAGCAGUAAAAUGUAUUUGGUUUUAUAAAUUUGAUUUUGGUGUCAGAAAAGUGUUCGAGCUUAGAUCUAUCUGGGAUUUAGGCCGAGGAAAGGCCAGCGCACGUUGACUGGAUUUACUCCAUUUCGUCCCACUUCACGUUGCCGAGUAAGAAUGGCAAAUUUCAGCGAAACUGAAAGCUCUAGAGCUGAUGGGCUUCUCUUUUUUGGUGAUUUUGAUGAGCAUGAAUGUGGGAAGUACUUUGAGAAAGUUAAAGCAGUUAAGUUUGUCAGACUACAGUCACAGGAUGGCCAAAGAGAUGCUGACCUGCCCAGUGAUGUAAAGAGCUGUGUUGUUGCCUCAGAUGAACAACGGGAAGGUGAACUAUCUGAGAAAUUAGAUUCCAUGACAUUGGAUGCUGAACCACAAGAUUCCAAUAAUGGAGGUUGUUUUAUGGCCUCAAACACCAAUGCUGCAUGCGAAGUACAACCAUUAAACAAUGAAAACGAUCAGCAUUUGAUAGCUGGAGAUGAUAUGUUUAUGAGAAAAUCUACUUUUGACAGCAAGAAGCAAGGAGAUCAGAAGCCUGAUGGUGAUGCAGUUCAAGAUAAGCCAGUUCCUGAGGGAUCAGUUGCCCCUAAAAGCAAACCAGUUUCUUGGGCUGCAUUAUUCAAAUCAAAUUCAAAUGCACCAGCCACAAAUUUGCCAACUGUUGUAUCAGUGAAUUUUGAGGAAUCAGAAAGCAAGAAUUCAGGCCCAGAAAUACAGGAGAAUAGUUUCUCUGAAAAAACUCAAAGAUCAAUAUCUGUUGAAAAUGAUCAGGAUGCAGCAGCACUAGCAGAUUUCCUGCAAAAGACUAGUCUUCAUCCCAACAACUCAUUGAUCCAGCUACGUGGCUUGAUAAACAAUGGCAAUUGGUGCUACAUCAAUGCUACUUUGCAGUCAUUACUUGGUUGCCAAGCUUUUUAUCAUUUAUUUAAAUCUAUGGCUGGAAUCAAGCAGAAAAAUGAAAAACUAUCAUCAACACCACUCACCGAUACCAUGAUUCAGUUUGCAAAUGAAUUCUCCUUUUUGGACAAUAGAGUUUUCCAGCAUAAAGGCAAAAAGACUGACGAUUUAAGACUUGGCACAUCUUUUGAACCAAAAAAGGUUUAUGAAAUCUUGUCUGUGCUGAAGUCUACUUUAUCUGAAACGGGAAAACAACAAGAUGCAGAAGAGUUUCUUACUUUUCUCCUCAAUGGUCUACAUGAAGAGUUUGUCUCCUUGAAUUCACUGGCACAAAAUAGCAAGACAAAAAAUCAUUUUGCGAUCAAGGAAACAUUCAUGAAUGGAUCAACUGAGGAGGUGACUCCGCAUAAGAGCACGUUUAAAGACCAAAAUAAAGCAGGUACUGAAAAAGAAGAGGCUGCAGAUGAGUGGGAGCAAGUUGGACGCAAUAAUAAAACUGCAAACCUAAGAAAGACCUCAGCAAGCGAAACUCUGAUCACCAAGCUUUAUGGCGGCAUCAUCCGCUCUUCCGUGCACCACGCCGGUGCCAAAGAAUCAGCAACUCUGCAGCCUUUUUUCACGAUCCAGCUCGACAUUCAGGCUGAAAAUAUUUGGAACAUAAAGGAUGCAUUUGAGAACUAUUUCACCAAAGAAAGCAUUGAAGGUUUUACUUCAUCCAAAACAAAGUCAAAGGUCGAGGCGUCCCACAAAACAUCUUUGGAAAAGCUUCCUCAAGUUUUGAUACUACACCUGAAAUAUUUUGUCUAUGAUAAAACUGGUGGUUGUCAAAAGAUACACAAGCAUAUUGAUAUCGCACGCGAGCUGGAAAUUCCGAAAGAUGUAUUGUCUUCGAGUUUGAAAGGAAGAGUUCCAGCAAACCAACGAACGUACGAGCUGUUUGCAGUUGAAUUUCACCUCGGCAAACAUGCAGCUGGCGGUCACUACACAACCGCGGUGAGGCACAAGGAGCCCCUUGGCUGGGUUUAUUGCAACGACAGCAUCAUUCAAAAAACACAGUUCAACCAAAUCACAAAACAGCACAAAGACAAAGUUCCAUAUUUGCUAUUUUACGAGCGCGUCAAUCACUUUGCUAACUAAAAACAGAGGCGUGCAAUUAAAUAAAAUGCAUAUUUUUACCCCCAGAUGAUAUACUUUGAAAUGAUGUGCAGUUUAUGGUAAUACUUGGAUAAUAAUAGCUGAAUUGUAUUUGAACAACGGCGCGUUAAAUUUUAAUUUGAUAAUGCGAAGUCUUAUACAUGACACUUGAAAAGUAACAAAUUUGGACUGGAGAAUUUUCUUUGGAAAUAAAGAUUAAUUAUCCGUACAUAUAUUUUGGAUUGCUUUAUUUUCUAGUGUCUGAAGUUUUAAUGCUUAACAGUUUGCGUGGCAUAUUUAAUCCGGUCCGAAUGGAAUCUAUCUUAAGAGGGUUUUAAUGCCUAAAAGGGUAGUCAAUAAAGACCCUUAUGGUGGAUUAAGACAAAAGAUAGACUGCGCCUAUACCGUUAUAAUUCUUCUAAAAAAUUGAUGAAAAUUCACAUACUUCUAUAUUGCUUUAUCUGUUACUGACACAGUCAACUUAUGACGCUGAACUGGACUGGAAUUUGAAUGAGCCCUUAGUUUUACGUAAUUCUUCCACUUUUAGAGAAAUCUCAUACAAAUCUAAGACCAGAUUCGUCCUAUAAAUGAAUUUAGAAAAUUUGCUUUGUGAAUUACAUUUGCAAACACUCAAUUCCCUGUCAGCAUUUUUAUUAGAAGUGUAUUAUCCUUCAUGUAGAUGACCCCGUCAAAUGGAUUGCCUAUCAUCGUUUGAAUUUUGCCUCUUCUAUUUUAAGUAUUUCAGAGCUGCGUCUCUGUUCAACUUUCACUGUGUCAAAUCACCCAAAAAUGAUUAAAUUUUAUCACAUCUUUAUAAGGUCAGUCCUACAUUUUUGUCAAACGUAAGCUAGCUCAAAAUUUAUUCGGUCACAAACUUUCCCCCAAGUUUUACCGAGGCACAAAAUUUUGAGACAAUGUUUUCUUGAUUUCGAUCGGAAAUCAAAGUACAACUACGUCACAUUUCUCAUGCUAACAAUUAUAUUCAUUUUUAAAUCCAGCUGUUUUGAAACAAUUAUAUUUUAUCAUUUCGUGGCAUUUUAGGGCACUUUGUGAAACUUUGAGAUAAAGUUUUUUAGCAGCAGUAUAAAAUAAACUACAAGUUUCCUUCCAAUUUUUCAGUCUCAUUGCCCUAAGGCCACCCCUCUCUCACCUUGGGAAAAAUUGUUACACCGAAAUAUAAUGUGCCUGAGCGGCAGAGAAACUAUAAAGUGGCUGAAAUCAUACUUGAAGGUCGAUUACAUAGAAAAAUGUUUAAGCUACGUAACAAGUAAUUCUAGGGAAAUCUGACACUUGGUAAUUCAGGGUUGCUGAGCCAUUACGGAGAAGAUAUUCAAGAUCUGUAUCGCAGGAUUUGUCUUGUAUCUUUGCAUUAGAAGACUGAUUUACCUUGCGCUUUUUUAAAUGCAUUUAUCUUUAAGAUUUUUAACAAGAGUGGUAUUAUUAUCAACGUUUGCGAUAAUCUUCAAAACAAAUGUUUAUAUUUGUUCAUAGUGGCUUUUAAAUUAUUCUCCAUCAAGAUACAAGAGGUCCUUUAAACACACUAUGUUUUCGCUGCUUAAAAGCAGAGAUAUGCUGUGUGAAUAAAAACGAUUUUUGUCAUCUUUGUAUUGUAAUAAUGCAAUGUAUCUGCACUUCUCUUCACUGUUUGAAACUCAGGUAACAAAAGUUUUUAUUGCACAGCAUUUUAUUCAAAUGAUAUAUGUUGCUCCGUACACCUCGAUGUUACGGCGUUUAUGUUGAAAGCUGUUUCGUUAAAUGAAUUCGUUUAUGAUUUUAUCUUGUAUCGAAAGCUCAGCUGCACUUAAAAUGACUACACUACAAACAGAGUUUUUAGUCAUUCGUUAGUGUUUUUAGUCAUUCUGUAAACUUGUUAUGCUCUCUGCAACAUCUUCAGCUUAGAAAUGGUAUCUGCCUUAGAUUUAUAUUUCUUUUUAUUCUUUCUUUCUAGCUACAUUCAUUGGCGUAACGCAGUUUGGGGCAUGUUAGUCUGAUCACUUUAGUUUAGGACCAAAAGGGGCCCCAAAUUAUUUUUAUAUCUACAUCUGUUAAGACUUCGCUCAAUUUCUCCUCAUUUUCAAAACUUUUAAAAGUUCUUCAAUUGAAGCUUCUAAAACGUAGCUUCUCCUAGUCAACGAGGAAAAUUUGUCACUUUCAUAUUUUGAUAUGGUGUUUUCACAUGCAAAACAGAGUUAGGUAGGGUCCCAUCCUUGUUCUUUCUUUAAGACCCCAGACGCCUCCGUUACGCCACUGUCUACACUACACUCUUAAUAAACUGUGAUAUCCUGCGAUUACGAACCCCACUUAUUGCGAACUUAUCGCCAUUUUAAACUACGCUGAGCGCACCACCCUAGUGGGGGGGCGAGGCGAGUAGCUGGGAGGGGAAUGAGUAUGGCUAACGUUAGAACACCGUACGCCAUUGAUGAUAUCUUUGUAUGCAAGGCUACUAGCAUUCCCUCCUUUAGAACACUGGUAGGUAUUAAAGAUCCAACAUUGAUGGUAACCGCAUGCAUCUUUCUAAUCUCCCCGCCCGAAGAAAACGACAAAAUAUUCGACCACUUCAUUUUGCAUUACAUUUCCAAUGAAAAAUAUGUAACGUGCCAUUGCAAAGAUCGCUUCUCAAAGAAAGUGAUUCUUAGAUCAGGCUUAGAGCAGUUUUCUUACAUACCCUAAAGUAAGGAAACCAAUCACCUUUUUUCCAAAUCGCACCCCUAUUUUAGGUACUUAGAACACAAGGAAAUGAAUAGGACUGGAUCGGUUGAAUAACGUGGGCAUAUUAUGUCUUUUCAACCACAUCAUCAACAACUUUGCUGUGUUCAUUUUAAGGCAAAGGCGCUGAUAUGUCACUUGUAUCCUGUAUUCCUUAUGGAUUGUCCUUUCGUUGGCUAAAGGAAUAUCAUAGUCGUAAUUUACUUUUGUUUUAUAUGAGUAAAUGUGCAUAUG